AUGCCGUCCAAGUUCGCAAAGGUCCAAAAGCAGGUGUCCAAGAAGAAGGGAGGUGCCCUGGCCUUGCACGAAAACAGUCGCGACGCUCUUCGUCUGCGCAGUGCUGUCGCAAGAGACGAUCGUGUUGCACGUCUCGGUGCCGUGAGAGAGAAAGCAAACGAUGUCUACCUCAACCGUAUCCUUUUCCUCCAAGGCGAGAUACCCGACCCGCUACGCCCCUUGACCGACGCCGAAGUGCAUGAUGCCAUUGCGAGAUACCUGCGCCGCGAAGAUGAUUCACUGGCCACGCUCAAAGCCGAGCGCCGCCCAGGACGCCCCAAAAGCACCAGACAGACUCUACUCGAGCAGCAACAGGACCAGGAGCAGAAGGAGUACGAGUCGGGCCUCUGGAUUCCCGACAUGCAGAACGAAGCAUCGCUCACAAAGCUACGCAACUGGAAGGGGGAAUGGAUUGCACUGAGCCCCCUCACCUACGUGAGAGUCGGAAAGUCUGGCAGCAUCAAGGAGAGCGCUUUCCCGCCAAAGGGUGCUGCUUGA